CGUGAUUCAGCUCAUAGUCCUCAUAAAACCGCGUUCUGGCUAUCCAAUUCUAACAACAUAGCAUUUUUCUUCUAUUUUUGGCACACGGCCAAAGAUCAAGUGGUAUAUAACACAGGCCCCUUAUUCUUUUCUUUGUCCCUCACGCCUCACCCCUGAGUCCCCCUGCAUGCGAGCGCGACCAUGAAGAUCUUCAACCCUUCCAAGUGCUUCCUCCAGAACGUGGUGUGUCCAUUCGACACCCUCUUCAUUAAAAGGGUGAAGCCCUUCGAUCUGGGUCUCUCCCACCUCCACCAAUUCCAAUUCAAAUCCUACAAUUGAAACCAACCCACCCACAAAAGGAAACAAAAAACAAGGUAGAAAAGCAAGGAAAAGAGCUAGCGUUGUGGUUGAGUGAGGCGAGAUGGAUCGGCGAUCCAGGAACAUCCUCUUCAACAAGUACGAGAUAGGGAAGCUUCUGGGGCAGGGGAACUUCGCCAAGGUCUACCACGGCAGAAACCUCAGCACGAACGAGAGCGUGGCCAUCAAAGUCAUAAAAAAAGAGAGGCUCCAGAAGGAGAGGCUGGUCAAACAGAUAAAACGAGAGGUGUCCGUCAUGCGCUUGGUUCGUCACCCCCACAUCGUCGAGCUCAAAGAGGUCAUGGCCAACAAAGCCAAGAUAUUCAUGGUGGUCGAGUACGUCAAAGGAGGUGAACUUUUCGCCAAGGUGGCCAAGGGGAAGAUGAAAGAGGAUGUGGCCAGGAAAUACUUUCAGCAACUCAUAAGCGCGGUCGAUUUCUGCCACAGCCGCGGCGUCACCCACCGUGAUCUAAAGCCGGAGAAUCUGCUCCUGGACGAGAACGAAGACCUUAAAGUGACGGACUUCGGGCUGUCGGCGCUGCCGGACCAGCGGAGAUCGGACGGGAUGCUGGUGACGCCGUGCGGCACGCCGGCCUACGUGGCGCCGGAGGUUCUGAAGAAAAAGGGCUACGAUGGGUCGAAGGCUGAUAUAUGGUCAUGCGGGGUUAUCCUCUUCGCUCUCCUGGCCGGCUAUUUACCCUUUCAGGGUGAGAAUGUGAUGAGAAUCUACAGCAAAUCCUUCAAAGCGGAUUACGCUUUCCCCGACUGGAUUUCCCCGGAGGCUAGAAACUUGAUCUCAAACCUACUGGUGGUGGAUCCCCAGAAGAGGUACUCGAUCCCGGACAUCAUGAAGGACCCGUGGUUUCAAUAUGGGUUCAUGAGGCCCAUUGCGUUUUCCAUGAAGGAGAGCGCGGUGGAAGGAAACAUGGACUUCAGCGGCAACAGCAGCGACAGCAGCAACGAGGAAGAGGAAGGGGAAGGGGAAUGGGUGGGGGCCAGCCCUGCUCGACCCUCCUACAACGCCUUCGAGAUUAUCUCCUCGCUCUCCAACGGCUUUGAUCUCAGGAACUUGUUUGAGACUCGCAAGAGGUCGCCCUCCAUGUUCAUAUCCAAGCAUUCCGCCUCCGCCCUCAUGCCCAAGCUGGAGGCCAUCGGGAAAAAGCUCAACUUUAAGGUCACCGGCAAGAAGGACUUCAUGGUCAGGAUGCAGGGUCCCACCCAGGGGAGGAAGGGCAAGCUCGCCAUGACCAUCGAGGUCUUCGACCUUGCCCCGGAGGUCGCCGUCGUUGAGUUCUCUAAGUCCGCCGGCGACACCCUCGAGUACAUCAAGUUCUGUGAGGACCAGGUCCGACCCUCGCUCCAGGACAUCGUCUGGACUUGGCAGGGGGACGCCAAUUCCCACCAUUAAUUCUUCACUCUUAAACACCUCUCCUAAACUUAUAUCUCUCGUUAUUUUUAUUACUUCCAUUUCUCUCUAAUAAUCACUCUCCUACACACAUUGCUUUCUCUGUUCAUCUUGCUUUUCUACUACUUUUGUUUCCGUUAACGCUACCAUUUCUCAUAUAUAUAUAUAGCAACCAUUCUUCUCUUA